CUCACCUUUUACUUUUUAGUUAAUUAUUUGCUAAUAAAGUACAGCACAGCUGCAUCCGGGAUACAAACCUACUGCUCAGUGGAAGAAAAUCCUUGAAAUGUAAAUUAUCUGAAAGGUAAUCGGAUGCAGCAUCUGUGAAGAUGGUGGCCUUAAGUGAGGCGAGCACAACAACAAAAACAGUGGUUUUCCCAAGUCUGCUGUCUCAGAAGUCUGAGACCUCAAAUGUGAAAACACCUGAAAAGCAGAAGUUCUUUAAGGAAAAUGUGAAUCAAGCUGCAAGCAAGGAGCACUGGGCUGACCUAUCCGCCCUCCUACAUGGCACAGUCAAGUGCAGAAAAGAGAAGCCUCCAAGUACGAAGGAAACCAAGAAAGAAGCUUUCGAUCGUUACAUGAAUAUAAUAUAUGGCCUGCCCCUAAAUAAUAAGAUUUACUUGGAGGACACAUUUGACCCAGAUAGAUUUUCUUUUUAUCAUGAGCCGCGUAACCUGACUCCCUUAAAAGAGGACGCCCGCCCUGAACCUAAAGUGAUCAUUCCUGUGGUUGUGAAGAAAAAGAAGCUGCAGGAGAAAAAGACUCCAGCACCGAUCUCUAAACCAGACACCCAGAUCAAAGUCAAGCCACAGCCUGUUGAGAGAGUCGUACACAAGACUGAGGAGCUUCCAGUGAUCAUUCCUCCAGUAGUGCAACCCAAACCCAAACCCAAACCCAAAACUCCUCCUGCUCCACCUUCUCCUCCAUCUCGCCCUCGUCCAAGGACUCCGACACCGCUGCCUCCUCGAGAACCAACACCUGAAGUGCAAGCGUUCCUCAAGCAGUUUGCAGAUGCAGGCUGGUUCAGAGACGUGUUCCCUGAUAAAACAACUCUCCUGAGUUCCCUGUCUCCAGAAGCUUUCUCCUUAGAGCUGCUGAGCCGCCUCACCGCCUGCAGCGAUUCAUCCAAACUGCAGAUCUUUGCUGCUCUGCAGACUCUGCACGGUCAGAAACUCCUCCAGAACACAGACAAGCUUUACCACGGCCUAGUUGACUUGGUGCCUACAUUUGUGAGACCGCACAUGUCACAUUUGGAAAAGACGGUGCUGGUGGAAAUGUUGAAUCUGCUGGUGCAUCUGAAAUCCGUCAGUUAUGAGCUUGUAAAAAACCUCCUCACUCUCCUCGCCUUUAAAUCUCUAGAUCUCUGGGAAACAGUGGUGUGCGCUCUGACUGCAUUAGGUGUCAAUGAGGCAGAGCAGUGGCUUUGGCCUGAGUUGGACACCUGGGACUUGGAGCUGCGGGACCAGGCUGACACGUGGAAAAACCUCCAUGACAGAGCAGAGUGUUGGCUGCAGUCGUGGAUCUCCAAAUACAAAAAACACAACAGGUAUCAGCACCUCACGAGUACAGUAAAGAGCAAGCCGGCGUCUUUCACCGCGGUGGACGUGCUGAACUAUUUCUGUUCCGUCCAAAAGGAGGAGUACAGGAAGACUUUACAUGUUGCACCUGCUGGUCACCACAACACUGUACUUCUCCCUCUAAAGGAACAGUCUCAAGCGAUCUUUCGUCUCGGAGAGACUUACAGCAUGACCAGGAUACGCAAGCCAGCCGGGAUAAUUCUACCUCCCCUGCGAAACCGUCCCUUCCUCACACACUUUCCACAUUUCAUCUCCUUGCCAUUGUCUCGAAUCACUCUGCGUCCGUUUCACAUCUACUCGGACGACGACUGGCAGAGGGCCUCACCUCGCCGCUACUUUAUUCAACAGCAGUCUUGCGUGGAGUACUACAGAUGACGUGUGUAACUUUUAAAUGUAAAUUAAUAUCUGUUACAUUCAAACCACUGCCAAAUGAGUUCACACAAGGCCAAUUAAGCCUCAUAAAGCAGGACAUUUAGGUUAAAGAUCGAGUCAUUUAGUGACAAAAUAAACAGUAAACAAAUCUCUAGACAUCUCUGCAGGCUCACCUGUAUUUUCAGUACGUAGAAAUGUACUAAUGAUUUACAGUCUCUUCAAACUUUGCUUUGAUUUAUUCUGUAUCUGACAGUAAGUGAAUGCAUUCAUGUGGUACAGGGUGAUUGCUAACGCUAAUACUUUUUUG